GCAAAAUUCACAGAGGCGGGCUACAGAGCGUUGCUUGGUCCCAGGAGGCUUUGAAGAAGACUGAGUCCCUAGGCUGAGCCCAGGGACAUUGGCAUAGUCUUCAGAGGUGAAUUGGCGGCCUGGCGGGAGGCAUAGAAAUCUGCAUCACCUUCCCGACCGAGUACGUGAAGACGCAGCUGCAGCUAGAUGAACGUGCGAACCCACCGCGCUCCCGGGGCAUCGGGGACUGCCUGCGGCAAACUGUCCGCAGCCAUGGCGUCCUGGGCCUGUACCGCGCGGCCUCAGCUCCCUGCUCUAUGGCUCCAUCCCCAAGGCGGCUGUCAGGUUCUCAACCCAUUUUACAUUUUCCAGCUGUUCAGUGUUAUCCUGUGGAGCAUUGAUGAAUACUAUUACUAUGCUCUAGCCAUUGUGAUUAUGUCCAUAGUAUCCAUUAUAAGCUCACUAUAUUCCAUUAGGAAGCAAUAUGUUAUGUUACAUGACAUGGUGGCAACUCACAGUACGGUGAGAGUUUCGGUCUGUAGAGUAAAUGAAGAAAUAGAAGAAAUCUUUUCUACAGACCUGGUGCCGGGUGAUGUCAUGAUCAUUCCAUUAAAUGGGACAGUCAUGCCUUGUGAUGCAGUACUUAUUAAUGGUACUUGCAUUGUAAAUGAAAGCAUGUUAACAGGCGAAAGUGUUCCAGUGACAAAGACUAACUUGCCAAAUCCUUCAGUGGAUGUAAAAGGAACGGGGGAGGAGCUCUAUAGCCCAGAGACACACAAGCGGCACACACUGUUCUGUGGGACGACUGUUAUUCAGACCCGUUUCUACACUGGAGAACUUGUGAAAGCCAUAGUAGUUAGAACAGGAUUUAGUACUUCCAAAGGACAGCUUGUUCGUUCUAUACUGUAUCCCAAGCCAACUGACUUUAAACUCUAUAGAGAUGCCUACUUGUUUCUACUGUGUCUUGUGGUGGUGGCUGGCAUUGGGUUCAUCUACACAAUCAUCAAUAGCAUUUUAAAUAAGAAAGAAGUUCAGGAAAUAAUUAUUAAGUCUCUUGAUAUCAUUACAAUUACUGUGCCACCUGCACUUCCUGCUGCAAUGACUGCUGGGAUCGUAUAUGCUCAGAGAAGACUGAAAAAAGUGGGGAUUUUCUGUAUCAGUCCCCAAAGGAUAAAUAUCUGUGGACAGCUGAACCUUGUUUGCUUUGACAAGACUGGAACUCUUACUGAAGAUGGCUUAGAUCUGUGGGGAAUUCAACGAGUGGAAAAUACCCGAUUUCUUUUACCGGAAGACAAUGUUUGCAGCGAGACAUUGGUAAAAUCUCAAUUCGUUGCUUGCAUGGCUACUUGUCAUUCACUUACAAAAAUUGAAGGUGUACUUUCUGGUGACCCACUCGAUUUGAAAAUGUUUGAAGCCAUUGGAUGGAUUUUGGAAGAAGCAACUGAAGAAGAAACAGCACUUCAUAACCGGAUUAUGCCCACUGUGGUUCGUCCUUCCAAACAGCUGCUUCCAGAGUCUACAGCUGCAGGAAACCAAGAAAUGGAGCUGUUUGAACUUCCAGCUAUUUAUGAGAUAGGAAUUGUUCGACAGUUCCCGUUUUCUUCUGCUUUACAACGGAUGAGUGUGGUUGCAAGGGUACUAGGGGACAAGAAAAUGGACGCCUACAUGAAAGGAGCCCCUGAGGUCAUUGCCAGUCUUUGUAAACCUGAAACAGUUCCAGUUGAUUUUGAGAAAGUUUUAGAAGAUUACACCAAACAAGGCUUCCGUGUGAUUGCUCUCGCACACAGGAAACUGGAGUCCAAACUGACAUGGCACAAAGUACAGCAUGUUAGUAGAGAUGCCAUUGAAAACAACAUGGAUUUUAUGGGAUUGAUUAUAAUGCAGAACAAAUUAAAGCAGGAAACCCCUGCAGUACUUGAAGAUUUGCAUAAAGCCAACAUUCGAACUGUCAUGGUCACAGGUGACAACAUGUUGACAGCUGUCUCUGUGGCCAGAGACUGUGGAAUGAUUCUACCUCAGGAUAAAGUUAUUAUUGCUGAAGCAUUACCUCCAAAGGAUGGGAAGGUUGUUAAGAUCAAUUGGCAUUAUGCAGACUCCCUGACACAGUGUAAUGAAUCAUCAGCAAUUGACUCAGAGGAUAUUCCAAUUAAACUUGCCCGUGAUAGCUUAGAGGAUCUUCAGUUUACUCGCUUUCAUUUUGCGAUGAAUGGAAAGUCAUUUUCAGUGAUACUGGAACAUUUUCAAGAUCUUGUUCCCAAGUUGAUGCUGCAUGGCACCGUGUUUGCGCGAAUGGCGCCGGAUCAGAAGACACAGUUGGUAGAAGCAUUGCAGAAUGUAGAUUACUUUGUUGGGAUGUGCGGUGAUGGUGCAAAUGAUUGUGGUGCUUUGAAGAGGGCACAUGGUGGGAUUUCCUUGUCUGAGCUUGAAGCUUCCGUGGCAUCUCCCUUUACUUCUAAGACACCUAGUAUUUCCUGCGUGCCAAACCUCAUCAGGGAAGGCCGUGCUGCUUUAAUGACGUCUUUCUGUGUGUUUAAAUUCAUGGCAUUAUACAGCAUCAUACAGUACUUCAGUGUUACUCUCCUUUAUUCUAUCCUGAGUAACCUGGGAGACUUUCAGUUUCUCUUCAUUGACCUGGCAAUCAUUUUGGUAGUGGUAUUUACAAUGAGUUUAAAUCCCGCCUGGAAGGAGCUUGUGGCACAGAGACCACCUUCAGGCCUUAUAUCCGGGGCACUCCUCUUCUCUGUCUUGUCUCAGAUCGUCAUCUGCGUUGGAUUUCAGUCGCUGGGCUUUUUCUGGGUCAAGCAGUAUAAAGUGUGUGAUCCGUACUCAGAUGUUUGUAAUACAACAAGAAGCGCGUGUUGGAACUCGUCACAUUUGUUCAAUGGAACUGAACUUGAUACAUGUAAAAUACAAAAUUAUGAAAAUACCACUGUGUUUUUUAUCUCCAGUUUUCAGUACCUCACAGUGGCGGUUGCCUUUUCAAAAGGAAAACCAUUCAGGCAGCCUUGCUACAAGAAUUAUUUUUUUGUUAUAUCUGUGAUUAUUUUGUAUGUUUUCAUAUUAUUCAUCAUGUUGCAUCCAGUUGCCUCUGUUGACCAAGUUCUUGAGAUACGGUGGAAGCAGUGUUUGAUUUCAUUCAGCGGAGCCGAAGGAUGAUUGUUGUCCUGAGCCCUGACUAUGUGACAGAAAAGAGCAUCAGCAUGCUGGAGUUUAAGCUGGGCGUCAUGUGCCAGAACUCCAUUGCCACCAAGCUCAUUGUGGUGGAGUACCGUCCCCUCGAGCAUCCCCACCCAGGCAUCCUGCAGUUGAAGGAGUCUGUGUCUUUUGUGAGCUGGAAGGGAGAGAAGUCCAAACAUUCUGGCUCCAAGUUCUGGAAGGCCUUGCGCUUGGCUCUUCCCCUGAGAAGCCUGAGCGCCAGCUCUGGCUGGAAUGAGAGCAGCUCUUCUCAGUCUGACACCAGUUUGGAUCACGUUCAGAGGAGAAGUCGUUUGAAAGAGCCCCCAGAACUCCGGAGCUUAGAGCGGGUGUCUGGAGCAGCGCCAGCCCCGGGCAUCAUGUCCAAGCACCGAGGGAAGCCCUCGGCAGCUUGUCGCUGCUGUGUCACCUACUGUGAAGGAGAAAGUCACCUCAGGAGCAAGAGCCGGGCAGAGAUGCAUACCCAACCCCAGUGGGAAACACACCUCUGUAAGCCUGCUCUCCAAGAGUCGGAAAGUCAGUGGCUGCAAAAUGGCACCAGACCCGAACCCGCUCCCCAGAUCUCAGCUCUUGCACGGCACCAUUUCACAGAUUUAUCCAAUAACAACGACUUUUAUAUUCUAUAAUCACUUUAUGUGGAGGGUGGUGGCUGCUAUUUCUACCAACUCUCUCUCUGGGUCACAAACCUUUGGGAAUAAUUGACAUUUUUAUCAUCUAAAUAGACUAUCAGAUUUGUGUCCCCUUUAUUGAUUUUUUAAAAACUAUUUAUUUCUAGGAGACAAAAGACCGGAAGCACCUGAUUGCAGUUAUUGCCUCUAAUGGCCUCGGAAGAGCACACUCUUCUCGGGCCCUAGAAGGUCAGUAUGUAAAAGUUGUCUAGAGUCUGAUCUUGCCCCGUGGUUCAAAAGUAGCUAAGAACUGGUGUUUCCUUAUGAUAUGGGCGGUGAAGUAUACUGGAGCUUUGACACAGGGUGUGUGUACCCAAGGGAACAGGGCUUUGACAUUCACAGGGUGUGUACCUAGGGAAACAGGGUUUUGACACUCACAGGGUGUGUGUACCCAAGGGAGCAGGACUUUGACACUCACAGGGUGUGUGUACCCAAGGGAGCAGGGCUUUGACAUUCACAGGGUGUGUGUACCCAAGGGAACAAGGUUUUGACACUCACAGGGUGUGUGUACCCAAGGGAACAGUGUUUUGACACUCACAGGGUGUGUAUACCCAAGGGAACAGCGUUUUGACUCUCACAGGGUGCAUGUACCCAAGGGAGUGACUUGAAAAGGAGCAGGUUCUGGUCGACACUGUAGGAGAGGGCUCAGCAACAAACCUACAGCACAUUUUGCCCCCCAGGAUCAAACUUUCCCAGAGGAAUUCAUUCUUCCUGUUGCCUCCCUGUAAAUAGUGUGUUCUAAACUUCCUAAUGUUGUCAGUCUCAAUAAAGGUAUAUUUUUAUGUCA